ACAUUAUAAAAAAAAUAACUAAAUACACACUUACACACAAACCCACACACACAUGUGCACAAAUAUACACAGACAUUCGGAUCUGCUAUUACCACCCAACAGAAUCAACAGUAGUAGUAGUCUAUUAUCUAUAAUUAGGUCCAGACAGACACUUGAAUAGACAGCUCAACAACAGAGAAUGGUGGAGAGACUCUUGGGUCACUGGAAGUCUGAGAAAAGUGAAAACUUUGAUGAGUACAUGAAAGCUAACGAUGUGAACUUUGUGCUGAGGAAAGUUGGCAACACCAUCACCAGCUAUGAAGAGAUCAGCAAAGAUGGCGACACCUGGACUGUUCACAUCACAUCCACGUUCCGAAGCAGUAAGCUAGUCUUCAAGCUGGGAGAACCCUUCACGGAGUUGACCUUGGAUGGUAGAAAUGUCAAGAGUACAUUUAGUAUAGAAGGAGAGAAGUUAGCCUGUAGACAAGAACCCAUUGAUCCAAGUAAUACACCUUCCUACAUCACUCGAGAAGUUUUAGAAGAUGGCAGGAUGUUAAUAACUUGUAUAGCCACAGAGAAAAACGUCACGGCCAAAAAAUACUAUGUCUCUUACAAACCAUAACACAAGGGACAUCACUCUUUUAACUACACAGCCCUAAAUUAUAUUGUUGCUUAACUACCUUUGUUUUGUAAAUGUUUCAUGACAAUACCAAUUGUGACUCUAAGUUUUAAUGUGUAACAGUUGGCCCUUUAAUAAAUAAACUGAAUUAUUAUCUUUCAA